GUUUUGAAAACUACGAACCGGAAGAGUAAAGAUACUUCCUGUUUAGGUUGCCGGUGUUAAAUGUCAAAACAGAGCAGCAGCGGAACAGAGUCCGUGAAUGGAAACAUAACAAGAAGCGUAAUCACAGAGAGGUUUCUGGUUAUAUUUUUGUAAUUUUUUUCAAGAUUUCGGGGUAAACUCGCUAACUGUUGACAAGAAAAAGUCCAAAAGGGGGAAAUUAAUACGUUUAAAUGACAUUGAACAACAUUAGCUUCAGAGUCAACCUUUAGCAAGCUUACAAACAACUGUAAAGACACUGUUAAACACUUAAAAAAUAAUGAAAGUAUGUACUGAGAAUAACUCCACGUGUUUUCCCCCUCAAAUCUCACGUAGAUAUUUGGCACAGCUUUCAUUGCACAGCAUGUCAUUGCACCAUAUUUGAUCAUUGUUAUAAUUGCACAUUGUUAUUGCACUGCAGUGUUUUUAAAGGAGGAGGAGGGGUGCUGGAUUUGGAAACAUGUUUUAGUUUAAGUAUUUGGUAACACUUUAUGUGAACCCACUUUUCAUAAAACAUCAUGGGCGCAACCUCAUUAAAGCAUCUUCAUUAUUACUGUCGUUAUUUUAAGUUGUAGUGGUAUCUUUCUGUGUUUAUUUAACAUUUAUCUAUUCAGAAGAAAAAAACUCCCUUUAGAUUAAAAGUCUCUCUUUCACAAGUGUCUCAGCUGAGACAGGCAGCAGCCGGUUUUCAAAGUUGCCGACAGACAAAGAGUGAUUGUACAGAAAACAUUUUUGUGUGUUUCCAUCUGUGCAGAUAUGGAGGUGAAGGAGGAGGAGCGGCGGCAGGUGGAGGAGCAGGUAGAGAAGAUGCUGAGCGGUCAGGGGUCAGAGGUCACGUUGUGUGAUGUAGGCAUCGAGGCAAGCAAACCUGCAACUCUAAGGAAGAACGUCACCUAUAUCGUCGCAGCAGUCAUCUUCAAUGAUAAGGUCAAUUGUCCUGACUCACCUGUUUGUCUCCUGUAUCUGAAAGACACUUGUAUCCAAUGAGGCACAGCCAAAGUUAUUGAUUUACUUUCUGUCUAUUAUUCAUUCCUUUCAUAACUUUCUCCUUGUUUGUUUCCAGGUAUUACUAAUUGUUGUAAUAAGUCUUAAAUGACUCCAGAUGGCGCUGUGUGAAAUCUGAUCUGACUGUUAGAGGUGCAGUUAAAUGCAGAAUUAUGGGAUUCAGGUUUUUGUUGUGUCGAGAGAGAGCUGGAUUAUUUACCUCGAUGUCAUGGUAGUAAAGGUUCACAAUCUUGCAGGAGACAAUAAUACGAGUGUGUCGUCUUUCAGGAGGAGGUGUUGAUGGUUCAGGAGGCCAAACAGGACUGUUAUAAGCAGUGGUAUCUCCCUGCAGGGAGGAUGGAGGUGGGGGAGAACCUGGUGGAGGCGCUGCAGAGGGAGGUGAGACACAAUGAUAAAUGCACACACAGACAUAAACACACACACACACACACACAAACACACACACACACACGCACCUGUCCAGAGUUCGAGCUCUGCUUUCCCACAGGUGAAGGAGGAGGCCGGCCUGGAGUGUGAGCCAGUCACUUUACUACUGAUCCAGGAGCAGGGACCUCAGUGGAUCCGUUUCAUCUUCCUGGCCAGAGUCACAGGUCAGAGGUCACUUAUUCUCUCUCAUGUUUUUUUUCCUCUGUUGUUAAAUUAAAAAACUUCAAGUGCUUUAGGGGCCAUUUUUUUGGACUCAGGUGGGAGUUUGAAGACUCUGUCAGCAGCAGAUCAGGAGUCCCUUCAGGCGUCCUGGUGGGACAGACAGUCGACUCUCCCCCUGAGAGGACGGGACAUCCUCCGACUCAUUGACUCUGGACUCAGGUAUAAAUUCCAACUUACUCUGAAACUUUUGGACUUUCUUCUAAGGCAGGCUGCUUCCAAAUGGUCCAACAAAAAUAGAUUUUAAUCGACUAUCUCUGUUUGAAGAAAUCGCUCCUGCUAAGCGUAACAUGCUCCACGGAUUCUCCGUUUGUAAAGGUUAUGACUGGCUGUCUCUCUGCUGCGUUGCUUUCAGGUACCGUCAGGAACCCUGGCACCCCAUCACGUUACCUUCAGAUGUGAGUUGCCGUCAUGUGGUGCAGAGACUGGUUCUGGUCUUUACCCACAAUGAUGAGAAGAUCUGGGUCCUGGUCAUCAAAGGUAAUGCACUCUGAUUCCUCAGGUCAGAGUUUCUAACAGGGCUGCAGGCUCAUCAUGCUGUUGAUCAAAUCGAACAUCUGAGUUCUUCCUCUGUACGUCUUUACUUCCUCUCUCUCCUGCAGCCCCAGCAGUCCACCUCCCCACUGCGGCUGCAGUAAAGACCCAUGCAGUGACCUGGGCAGCCAACAUGGUGGUGCAGGAAGCCAUGCCCACAGCGUACUACGACCACGAUGUCAACACCCUUGGCGUCUUCAGCCUGCAGCACAACGGCCGGCAGCAUGGGAAGACAGACGGCGUGUGCUUCAACACGCUGGUGGCUCUGGUGCCCGAUUACGUCCAACGCAACGAGAACGGAGAGAAGGUUGAGCAGAAGGUGACGGGACAACCUCCGCCUGUAGAAAACUCUCGAUACAUGUGGUGUGAGGUCCGAAAACAGACGCUGAAAGAGAAACUGCUGGAAAUGACCAAAAACACCUCGAUUUUACCAAUUCAUAGCCUCUACUGACCAAAUUUAGCUGCUGCAUGAUUCAAAGAGGGGGACUCUUAUUCUGAAAAGAACACUGACUGUUGCUAUUAUGCAAAGAGCUUUUAUUCUGAAAAAAAAAAACGGUUAUACAACAUGUUGUAAAACUUAAAACACAUGAACACAGAGCAAUAAAUCUAAAUGUUGAUUUUUCUUUUUUUUUUUUUAAUUCUGCUUCAUAUGUUUCUUCUCUCUCUGAUGGUCAGUUGUGAUGAUCUGGAGCCAGGUCAUAGUUAGCAUCGCUUAGUAUGGCUACAUCUCAUGAUCAGACCCUUUGACUGGACCAAAUCUGUAGUUUAAACAUCAUUUCACCAGAAUAAAAGAAAAACUAUCAGCUGAAAAUUCUGGAUCAUCUUAAAUAGAGGGUUAAAUGAAAAAAAAAUAUAUAAAAAAACAUAACACACUGAGCUGUUUGUGUUAUUAUGCCUCAAAUAACUGAUAGCAUGAGCUUCAAAUCUGUGAUUACUGAAAACAGAGAUUAAAAAUGGGUCCAAGUGAA